AUGCCCACAGAAGUACAUAAACUACGUCAUGACCUCUACCAGGCGGCUAUUCUACUAGAUGAUUUGUGCUUGUAUAAUGCGGCCAAAUGGGCUACGGAAGCGCUUGUUGGGUUGGCAUCUACGGAGGAGGAGUUCGAGUAUACGCAUCCAACGCUAUCAACACAGCAGAAACGGGACCGAUUCCAGUUUAUGCUAGCGAAAAACUACUUCAACAACAAAGAGUUCUCGCGUGCGGCUUACACGCUUCGGAAUUGCGUAUCUGGAGACGCUCUUUUCUUGCGCUUGUACUCAAUGUUCAUCAGUAUAGACAAGAAAGCGACGGAGGACAAUGAUGGGUCUGUGAAUUCGUUCCACAAGCAAAGCAUGCUCAAAGCGCAAGAAAGCUUUUCGGAUGAAAGUGACCAGGAGCAUCGGCAAGAGACUUUGGAAGAGCUCAACAGCACCUUGGGGAAGAUUGUUGCCAAAGUUGAUCUGUAUCAUGAGAAAGCUGGCGAAGAGAAUGCCCACUUACAUUUUUUGGCAGGUCUCACGUACAACAAGAAGAAGAAACACCAGUUGGCUCAGCAACUGCUAUUUUGCUCGGUGAAGUUAUUCCCGUACAAUUGGAGCUGUUGGCAGGAGCUUAUUGCUACAUUCUCCACAUUUGAGGAGGCCCACAAAUUUGUCACGCAUGUCAAGAAGAAGGAACCAACAUUAGCAGGGCAUGUUAUGUUCACCCUCUUCGAGGUGGUACUUUUGCAGGAGUUUUAUCAGCAGCUGGCAAUGUUCACGGAGAAAUUCACCAGCUUGGUCGAGCUCUUCCCUGACUUUGUUUUCCUCAAGAUACAAAAAUUCUUGGUAGCAUAUCAUGGGCUUGAUUACUUUCAGGCAGAGCAAAUGUUUGAUGAGAUCUUGGCGAAAGAUCCGGUACGUCUUGAUGACUUAGAUACAUACUCCAACAUGCUAUAUGUUAUGGAAAACAAGUCCAAGCUAGCGUACCUUGCCCACCAUGCCACCCAGAUUGAUAACUACCGUUCAGAGACGUGUUGCAUCGUUGCAAACUACCACUCCAUGAAAGGUGAACACGAAAAGGCAGUGAUGUAUUUUAGAAGGGCUCUCCUACUUAAUAAACUUUGUCUUAGUGCAUGGACAUUGAUGGGCCACGAGUUCGUGGAGCUCAAGAACUCGCAUGCGGCAAUAGAGUCCUACAGAAGGGCUGUCGAUAUCAAUGCCAAAGACUUCAGAGCCUGGUAUGGUUUGGGACAGGCAUAUGAAGUGUUGGAUAUGCACUUGUAUGCACUUUACUAUUACCAACGAGCGACGAACUUGCAACCCAUGGAUAAACGUAUGUGGCAGGCCAUUGGGAACUGCUACGAGAAGAUUGACAAGUUGGAAGAAGCUGUGCGUUCGUUUGAAAAAGCCUUGUCUAUUGAUAGUCUCAACGAGAUUAACACAGAGGAAGGAGAGCCUCAAGUUAGUGUGGAACCUCAUAUUUGUUACAAGCUUGCCACCAUAUCAGAAAAACUUGGUCGCUCGAAGGAAACAUACAAGUAUAUGCGCAUGUGCUUGGAACAAGAGUUCGACUGGGGUCUCAGUGACGAAACGUCGAAAGCCAGAUUAUGGCUUGCAAGACAUGCGUUGGAGAGUCAUAGGUACAAUGAGGCAUAUGAUCUUGCCAGGGAAUCUAACUUUGAUAACGCUCACGAUGUGGAAGAGGCAAGAGCUAUAGCGAAGGAUGCCAGGGAGAGAAUGACGUAUUAA